AUGUCUCACACAUUGGAGUUUGCUUCCCGUUGCAACCCCGAACUUAAGAUAGAGCGUAUCGAAGUUUAUUGUGAUUCAUCCAUGGAAGUUGUGCGUACUUGGGAGCCCGGAGUUGCGGACCCGUGGAAGUCGGUAGUUUGUCAGAACCACUGGACUCUCAUCUUCCAUUACGGUCGCCACAAAGCCACAGCGACUAAACAUAGAGGAUAUAAACUGAAAUGGGUGGACAACGUCCUGACCAAACGCUCUGUAUGUCUCGAGUUCAAGCCCCAAUAUAUGUGCCCAAGUAUGAGGGAGUUUGUAUACAUGAUGGGAGCCCAUGAAUAUCCGGACACACUAGACGAUGACUGUUCUAGCUUCGUGUAA